AUGGGCCUCCUUCAGAAUGUCAUCGGCCACCCGCUCGCGCAGCAGUUCCAGACCCUCGGCUUCGGUUCGCAGAUCGCCAUAGCCUUGGGAGCCUUCGUCGCCCUCUCCGUCGUCGUCAAUGUCGCGAGCCAGUUCAUGUUCAAGAACCCCAACGAACCCCCGCUGGUCUUCCACUGGUUUCCCUUUCUCGGCAGCACCAUCACCUACGGCAUGGAUCCUCCCAGCUUCUUCAAGGAGAACAGGGCCAAGCACGGCGAUGUUUUCACCUUUGUCCUACUCGGAAAGCGCACGACUGUCGCCGUUGGCCCGGCCGGAAACGACUUCAUCUUGAACGGCAAGCUCAAGGAUGUCAACGCCGAAGAGAUUUACACUGUCUUGACGACCCCCGUCUUUGGCCGGGACGUCGUCUACGACUGCCCCAACGCGAAGCUCAUGGAGCAGAAGAAGUUUAUGAAGAUUGCCCUUACGACCGAAGCGUUCCGCUCCUACGUCCCCAUCAUCGCCGGCGAGGUGCAGUCCUACUUCAAGAAGGAUGCCGACUUCAAAGGCCAGUCCGGCAUCAUCGACAUUCCCAAGAAGAUGGCCGAGAUCACCAUAUUUACCGCCUCGCACGCUCUCCAGGGCAGCGCCAUCCGCAACAAGUUUGACACCUCCCUGGCGGCCCUCUAUCACGACCUCGACAUGGGCUUCACCCCCAUCAACUUCAUGCUUCACUGGGCGCCUCUCCCCUGGAACCGAAAGCGCGACCAUGCUCAGCAGACCGUUGCCAAGAUUUACAUGGACACCAUCCGAGAGCGACGAGCCAACAAGCAUGACGACGAGCUGGACAUGAUGAAGCACCUCAUGAACUCGACGUACAAGAACGGCCUUCGCGUCCCCGACCACGAGGUUGCCCACAUGAUGAUUGCCCUGCUCAUGGCCGGUCAACACUCGUCGUCCUCGACCAGCUCCUGGAUCAUGCUCCGACUUGCGCAGAAGCCCAACAUCCUCGAGGAGCUCUACCAGGAGCAGGUCAAGGCUCUGGGCGCCGGCUUGCCUCCUCUCAGCUACGAGGACCUCGCCAAGCUGCCGCUGAACCAGGCGAUCGUCAAGGAGACGCUCCGACUGCACGCGCCCAUCCACUCCAUCCUGCGUGCGGUGAAGCAGCCGAUGGCGGUUCCCGGUACCAAGUACGUGAUUCCGACGUCCCACACGCUGCUCGCCGCCCCGGGCGUCAGCGCGAGCGACGCCAACUACUUCCCUCAGCCCGACGAGUGGGACCCUCACCGCUGGUUGCCGGGUUCCCCCAACGCCCCGAUCCUCUCCCGAAGCUCCGACGAGGAGGAGAAGAUCGACUAUGGCUACGGCUUGGUCAGCAAGGGUGCCGCCUCGCCCUAUCUCCCCUUCGGUGCCGGCCGGCACCGUUGCAUCGGUGAGCAAUUCGCCAACGUCCAACUGCAGACCAUCGUCGCCGAGGUUGUCCGUCUGGUCAAGCUCAGCAACGUGGACGGCGGUCACGACUUGAUCGGCACGGACUAUGCCUCGCUCUUCUCGCGACCGCUAGAGCCCGCCAAAGUUCGGUGGGAGUGGAGAAAGUAG